AUGUGCGAAAUGCACUUCUACCGAUGCAUGACAUGCAAUACGAAAUGGACUUUUUACAAGAAGCUCGCCAGCUGCGAGAGCAGCGAGCCCGAAGCGCGGUGCCCUUCGAGCCUGUGCAUGCACGUCGGCAACCAAAAGAGGCCGCAGAAGAAGGAGUGCGAGGCCUGCCAGCACAAGCGAGAGCUUUUCGAGAGCAUGCAGGACUAUAGCGACGACGAGGUCCUUCAGUUGCAACCGCAGAAACAGCGAGCGGGUGGGUGGUGUGAUGGGAGGAGUGGUUCGCGAGGGGGUGCAUGA